GUGAAGGGGGGAGGACAGAGAAGAGGUGUAGGAGGGGACGAGCAAAGGUAUACAGUCAGGCACGUAAAGUAGCUAUUUUACAUUCUUUGAUUUUGACAGCUCUUCUACGGACAUAGGGACAUACGGACUAAACUCGCUGACAGAUUCGGGAGAUUUUCCACGCAGGGACGCGCUGACUGAAGCGAGGAGAACUCAAUUUUAUUCAGCACAGCUGGGCCUGAGCUGAUCUGUCAGCCUUGUGUAGGUUCACCCCCCCAAGUGUCCUCUGGAUAUCAGCUGACCAUGAGGAUCUGAACGGAGGCAGCGCAGGGAGAAAGCCUGGCACAGUGUGUGUUCACUCUAACACAGCGAGGCUCGACUAAGAGAGGAGCAGACACCGAGCGGAGCAAAAAGAAAGUCGCUUGCUAAAAGACAAAAUGUCUCAAAACAGAGAACUAGUGGUUUUCUACAUAACCUAUAAAUUCUCUCAGAGAAAUUAUCCUCUUAAUCACAUGGAACUCUUAGAGCCUCCAAACAGGACUGAUGGGGCGGGGGCAGGGUCGGGUGAGGAACAGCAGGUAGCGACGCACGCCAACGGGACUUUUAACGGCACGAGUCCUGGAACCCCCCCAGCGUCCCCACACCGGCAGCAGCAACAACGGUUACCAGCAACGACGAAUCUGGACGCGGUGAAGGAGGCCCUCCGGGACUCGGCCAACGAGUUUGAGCUGCGAUAUGCCAGCGCCUUCAGCGAUCUGCACAACCAGCUGCACAUCACGCCGGCCACAACCCACCAGAGCUUUGAGAACGUGAUGGACGAGGUGUUCCGGGACGGAGUCAACUGGGGCCGCAUCGUGGGGCUCUUUGCUUUCGGCGGGGCGCUGUGUGUCGAGUGCGUGGAGAAGGAGAUGAGUCCCCUCGUUGGCAGGAUCAUAGAGUGGAUGACUGUCUACCUGGACAACCGAAUUCAACCUUGGAUCGAGAGCCAAGGAGGAUGGGAGCGCUUCUCUGAAAUCUUUGGGCAGGAUGCGGCGGGAGAGAUCAGGAGGUCUCAGGAGAGUUUCAAAAAGUGGCUGCUGGCGGGGAUGACGCUGGUGACCGGGGUCGUGGUGGGCUCACUCAUCGCCCAGAAACGCCUGUAGAGAAACACAACAAACCCUUUCUAACUGUCUUCUCCUUCCUUCAUCACCCUCAACUUAAGGCCCACACAAGUUCAAAUGAAGGUCCUGUUUGUCUCGUCAGAACUGCUGAUGAUGUUUACUUCUUUUCCCCAUCACAGCCCUCACAGUGGACAAAGAAUCCUCACAUGUUGUCGAACUUUUGAGAAAAAGACAGAGGAGGAAGAGUAACUUGUAUUCAUAUGUUCUCCUUAUUCCACCCUGAUGAAAAAAAAAGCGUGCUAAUACAGAGACGGACAAGUCAUUCUUUCCCUUACAGAACUAGUUAGUUCUUUUAGUCCUUUCUCCACUGGUUCCUGUGUUAUCUUUCUUUAUGUAUGUAUGUUUAGUUUUAACAAAUUUUGGUUGUCCAUUUUUGUUUUUUAAAGAUAAUUAAAGUGUUUCCAGUCUUUACCGUUAACCCCAAACUGUCUGAUGUAAAGAGUCACUGGCAGUCGGGCCAAGAGUGCCCGACGUGUCUCGUCCUGGAGCUCGUUUUGUCGCUCGUCCUCACAGACGGCUCUACCACAGCUUUGUGUGUGCCAUAGGGGAAGUGAAGGCAGGAGAGGUUGUAGCACCUGCCUCUGAACCGCUUCUGUAGUUCUCGUUUCCUGCCUGCCAUCCUGAUCAACAGCAAAUACAGCACAACACAUCAUGAUCCAUGCUCCAUACUCUAAUCCCCCCCAGCCCUGGUCUUUCAUUAGUGUUGUUUUUGUAUGAAAGGUAAAAAGGUGUCGAACUGAUUUUUAGUUUACAAGAAGGUUGAUGCUGGAAUGUAAGCCCAGAUUUGGGAAGCUCUCACAAGAUUUGUUCCUGUAUGGUGCGUCAGGGUAACAGAGUUCAUGCAGAGACCGGAUUUAGAGUUCAGCUUGAAGCCAAAUGUAACAUUCUGAUAUUAUCUGAAUACUACAUUUAUUUGUUUUUUUUCCUUAAACCUGAACAAGUACGUUUGGUGCUCAAACCAAACCAAUGUCUGUUUCCCAAUGUUCAUCGUGUGUGUGAGAUGUUUUAAGAUGAUUGCAGUUUGGUUAGGUUUAGGAAAAGAUGAUAGGUUGAGCUGAAAUAAUGCUUCAAUGUUGAUUUUUUUUGUUUUGUUUUGUUUCACCUGGGACUCCUGGGUUAAAGAGAACAAGGAAAAUUCUUAGCAUGUGAGAUCAAAUCUAGAGUUACAUUCUAGAUACAACCUCAUAAAAAAGUGAAAGUCUUAAAGUCAAAACAUCAUGGAAGAUUCACUCAUUUGCUCUUUUGUGUUUGUUGGUUUCCUGGUUUAGGAUUUGUGACUAUUAUAAAAAAAAAAAAGCCUCCUUGUGAUUCAUGGUCAUAUUUGGCCUUUAUUUAAUUUUGAUUGUGUUUCGUCAUUUUGUGUGAGAAGUUCAAAUAAUUCAAGUAACUGCGGCUCAUAGCAGGACACCAAGGGUUGGACCUUUAAUGUGGCCUGGUUACAUGACAUAUGUGAGCAUUUAGCUUUUAGCAUGUACAUCACACCCCCCUCCCCCUCUUGUUCCGACAGAUUUUAGUCUAGCCUUCAAGUGCGGCCAAUCAUCGACUGAAUGUUAGAUAUAACAUUCGGUCGGUUUAACUUGAUCCCGGCAUGUUUGUGACAUCCUGAAUCUGCCAUCGCAUCACUAUUAAAAGAAAAACUUGAUGGUAGUGAACCUUUAGAAAGUCUUGAAUACUAAAUCAUGUCAUUGCCAGAUGUCCUUUAAAUAUGUUGAACUAUAGAAGCUAUGUUGAAACUAGCUAGUCAGCCUCAUACUACAUCACACGCGUCAUUGCUCUGAUUGGUUGUAGCGCAGAGUUAAAUUGGUUUGUGUGCGCUGAAAAUGCCCCUUAGGAAGGAAAAAAGAACUGAGCAGUCCUGGACUAAUACCUACUUGGUUGCUGGGCUGGCUGUGCUAUGCUAUGUUUUCUACACGGUAGCUGAAGAAUGCAGCAAACACUGUAGCAACACACACACACAGACACACACACAUUAGAAGAAGCAGAACCUCCGAGGCUCUUUAGUCUUAAAUGUCCUAAAGGUUCAAAAUUACGAUGAGAGUUUACACGUUAUUUUAACAACCCCUAUUCAGCAUGUAUACAUAUAAACAUAUUACACUGAUCUAUGAUAGCUGUAGACAGGUUCUUUAAGGACCAAUAUGGAGAUAUCAGAUUUGAUUAAAUCUGCAUUCUUUUUCAGCCCAUAUUUCUUUUCCAUAAACAUGAAGCAGAAAAGAAACAAUCUUCUUAUGGAACCUUUACAUUUUUAGAAAAGAUCACCUCGUUUGUGUUUUUCAUUCGAGCUCUGUAACACAGACACCGUUGAAUUACAAACUUAGUUUAGCAUGUCUGUCGGGCACUUUCUUGUCACUUGUCCGUUGUUGCUUUUUUUCAUGAUCUGCUCAUGCUCAAGUUGCAGAUUCAUUCUGAAAAUCGCAACAAAAAAAAACUACACAUAUCCUAAUAUUGGUUCGCUGUAAUGUGUAAACACUAUUAUUUUUGUCAUUUCUUGAUCUGGAAACGUGGUGAUAGAUUAUUUAACUGCAACAAUUGAAAAAAAAAAACAGCAACCCUCAUGUAAAAAUGACAAA